AUGCGGAUGCUUUUUCUUGGCUUACAAGAAACCCGCACUCCUGAGACAUUCAGCACGGCAGAUGGUGUUCUGCGUUUUGGUUCUGGUCAUGCUGAAGGAGGACUCUAUGGUGUGGAAUUAUGGGUCAAUCUCCACAUUCCUUUCGGAAGCAUUGACAAGGAGAUGCUCUACUUUCAAGCAGCUGAUUUCCAAGUAUUACACCGUGAUCCAAGGGUGCUUUUUGUCAGAGCUGAAAAUCAAUAUAUUCAAUGGGCCAUCAUUGCUGGUUACGCACCACAUUCUGGACUUGCUGCUGAACAACGUGAAGGGUGGUGGACACACCUUUCCAUGAUUGCCUCGCAGAAGCGACCAGAUGACCAGCUCCUUGUGAUCAUUGAUGCCAAUGCAGAUCCAGGUCCUCAUGAUGAUUUGGUGGUACAUCGAGAUGGAUUUAAAACCACAGCCAACACUUCCAUCUUCAGGACUUUCCUGCAUGAGCAUGGAUUGACACUUCCUGCCACCAGCCUCAUUCACGAAGGCACCAACACUACAUGGAAGAGCCCGAACGGCAUCCAUGAACACAGCAUUGAUCACAUCGCUGUAGCCCAUGACCUGCUCCAUGAUUGCACCUUUUCUGGGGUUCUAGAAGAUUUUGACCUUGGCACUGGCCUUUAUGACCAUGCAGCGGUCGGUUUGCAGCUGGAAUGGCGUCAGGCGCUUGCCCCACCCAUCAGUCCAGGUCUGCACAUCAAGCACCAAGGAAGAGGCUGUGAUUACGACAAAGUUCAGCACGAGCAUCUCCAAACUGUUCUUGGGUCGUACAGAGCAGCAGAAUGGCAUCAUGACGUUGAGCAGCAUGUUGAUGAGCUCAAUUAUCACCUACUACAUGGCCUUGCUAGACUGUGCCCAAAAUCCAAGACAAAACCAAAAAAGAAUUUCAUCAGUGAUGAAGUCUGGCACCUUCAUCUUUGCAAGCUUGAAAGACGCAAAGCUUUGAAGGAGCUUACUCUUCGACACAGGUUUGAAGUGCUGGCUGCCUGCUUUUCGGCACUACGCACAGACAAACAGCCCGACCCAGUUGCUUUUUGGAAGUACGGCACGUGGCUGCUGUGCUGCAAAGUGCGUUUGAUUUGCGGACUCCAUCGAGCCUCUAGACAACUUCGAACUAGUCUCAAAGAACCCAAGCAGGAACAGCUUCGCACUGUCUUCCGGAAUUUGCCACCAUCAGCGUCUGCCUCGACCAUCCUGCAUGAGCUACGGCAAAUUAUUGGAUCAACCAACUUGAGAAAGCUCACAAACAAAGCUCUUCCCAACAUCAAGAACGAGCACGACCAAGUCUGUUGCAGUCCUGUGGACGCUCUGGACACGUGGAUCAAAUUUUUCCAGACCAUGGAAGGUAUGAGUCUGCAAAUGCAGACUGUGGUCAGAUCUCUUCACACUGACACCCACUUCUCCCUACGUGGGCAAUCUGAUGCCUGCAAAACGCAGCUGGGGACGCGUCCGGGUGACAGCUGGACCGAUUUGAUCUGCAGCUUUCUUUGGGCCAGGUUGCUGCACGACCUUGAGGAUGAAGUCACCCGUUUGGGGCUGAUCGAUACCACCCUGGACGCCAAGGGAUUUCAGUGCUGA